GCUCGCUACUGGUAGACUGCACGAUCAAUGAUGCCACUGGUAUAUUACAAGUUGGGGAUGGGGAUAUUGUGGUGGAUGUCCCAAACCAGUGUCUGGACAAUGACAUGCAAUUUAGCCAUCCGAAAGCGGUUUCGACACCAGUGCGGCAAAGAGUAUCCACAACUUCUACUCCCCAGCAAGCAAACUGGAUGUUCUGGAGUAAACCAGGUGAUAUUUCCAUUCGCAACAUCCUAAGUGAGCGUGGCAUUUUGCAAGAUAUGGAAGACGAGCUUUCACGUGGUCCUUUAAGUGAAAUUACCAGAAAGAGGUUGACCAGGGGAAUAGUGGCAGAGCUUAUGGAAAAGUGUGGACUGAGAGCUUUUACCAUGAUGGGGAAGGUCCCUUGCAAGAUCGGUGCAAGCGAGUCCGUCGUGACAUGUUGAAGAAGAAAGGGUCAAAGUCCUUGAAAGAAAGUUCAUCAAGUUCAAGUCGUAAAAGGACUUCAACAGAUGCAGAACCAACAGAACCACACAUUGCAAAACGACCCUCAUUUGAAGCUAUUGAUCUUGACCAGGAUACCAAGGAUAAGAUCAACUCCGAAUUUGAGGCAAUGUUCCCUGAUAAUGCGGCGUGGUUCCUUCUUAGGUGGCGCCACUCAUUUGCACUCAAAAUAAUUGAGGUUGCCAAAUUGGAGAAGACAACUGAAAUUACAGACCUGCUAACAAAGUAUGGGGAUGGAAAUAAUUGGAAGUGAUGUGGCGAUGUUAGCGAAGGAAAGGGAUAAAUCCAAAUAUAAACAGCCCCUCCUCUUCUGCUUAGGGGGCUCUUUGAAGGAUCCCAAGGAGUUUUUCAUCAUCAUUGACGAUUAUGUCAUCCCUGCUGGUGACAACAUCAUUACGGCAUUUGACAGGCUUUUCAAGGCCAUAUAUGUUUUCAGUAUGGAGUAUGCUCUAUGUUUGGAGCCAUUUUAUUUCUUCAUGGAGACCUUCAUCUACAAGA